UGCCCGUGAAGCCUCUAGUCUCGCAGGACAGACGGGGAUGGGUGGUUGCAGCACCGUGUGAUGUUCAGUUGGCAAACUACCUUUCUUCCACCGACGGCCAAGAGCCCAAUGGGAACCUGGCGGCCGUCCACACAAAAUGCUUUGUGGAAGGAGACAGUAGAAAUUGCAGUAAAUAAAUUAAUGGAGAUAAAUGCGCUUUCUCCCAGGCCUACGGUGCAGCGUCUCCCUGUUCCCAGAUACACGGGGGUCAGGUGAGCAAUUAACCAAACGCAGAGCUUGGCACUGACGAGGACCAGGCCCUGACACAGUCCUCCAUGUGGCGUGUCUGGCCUGACUCCUGUGGCCCUUAGCUGCCCGGUCCUCCUGCUGCUGCGCCUUGUCCCCCGCACCUUGUGUCCCCAGGGCAUACUCAUGCCACUUCAGGCCGGCUGGCACUAACCUUGCAGAAGGCAGCUCUGCUUUCUGGAGGUGUCUGCUCUAGCUGCAGGGAGUCCUCCCCGCCAACCCUCACCCCGCCCCCAUCGUCUCUCUGGUCUGGAUCAUCUGAAGCAUCUUCGGUCAAAUGUGCUGGCUCUGCCUUCUCAAGGCCAGUGCUGUCGAGCCGUCCUAGGCACUGUGGCCAGGGCACCCCAGCCGGUUUAGGGGCACAGUGUCUCUUUAGAAAAGCCCCGUGAACAACAGGCAGACUCCCAUGUUACUGAUAGGAGUGCAAGAUGGUGUAGCUCCCACGGUGGGGAAUUUUGUGCAUUCAUCAGAUUACCCAGGCAGUUGCCUCUUGACCCAGCAGUUUUAUUUCUGGGAGUUUACGUCUGUGCAAUGGUACUGAGAGCACCGUUGUUGGUACUGGAAAACUGGAAACCCCCGGUGUUAGGGGCGUGGUUACAGGAGCGAUGGUGCGUCCACACAAUGGAAUGGUGUGUAGCCGUUUAAAAAGGGGGGAAGUUUUCCAGGUACUGGAUAUCACAUGGUCUCCAGAAUGUAUUGUUAAUUGAAAAGAUGUGAAACCAUAGGGCACCCAUGUUAUACCUGGGAGAGUAGCAGGUGAGCCCACAAUCAUUGUGGCAGAGGCCAACCUCCCAGAAGAGGGGUGAAUGUGGGGUGGUGGGAAAGAAGGCCGCUCGAGAGACAGACCACCCCUUGACAUGGGGCUAGAAGAGGCCCUGGCUAUCUAAUGUUGGCUGGGACACUGGGGGCUCAGAGGAGACUGCCGAUGCCAAACUUCCCACCACUUUCCAGCUUGGUCAAGAGCCAGCUCUGCUCUUUGUGAAAGAACAAAUGAUCCUGGGUGAGGUUAGUGGAAAGGGAGGAGAAAUGAGAGGAGGGAGGGGCUGGCCCAAGGGUCAGUGACUGACUCUCAAGCUGGACAUACAGGGGCUGCAACUGGGAGCCCAGAGGGCCCCGAGGGCACCCCCAGCCCCAACUAUCUCUGGGCUCCCCUCAAACCCUCCCCAGAAAUGCUGUGGUUUCCUGCUGGCGCCUCUGGUCUCCACGGCCACGGGCCCACGCUGCACUAAUGGCUCAGCCUGGGGCUCCAGGGACCUCCCCCGCCCCCCAGACUGCUCUGCGGCCCCCUUGCCCCCUCACUGCUGAAACCCAAUCCUCUGCGGCAGCUCAGGCUCAGCAGAGCAGCCUCCAGCAGAGCGGUACUGCUUCCGCAUCGCUGCGCCCCACCUGGUCUUUGCUGCGGAGCCCCCAGCCCAGCGCCGAGCCUAGCAGAGCCUCAGCCUGUGCCUGGAGAAAGUCAAGCUGGACCAGCCAGGCCACCGCAUCCAAUCCCGCCAGGCCAGUGCCUCCCCACCUCGGUCUGGGCUCCUCUCCUCCACCUUCUCCUCUCCUCACCUCACCUGCAGUGACCCCUGCCUGGCCACCAGAAUCCUCUCAGCCCCUCCUGGUCCUCAGACUGACCUUCUCUCUUCUAAGCCCCUGCAGUCUGGUCACCACCCCCAGCCGUCUUAGUCCCCUCACCUUGGGCUCCAGCCAUGAAGCCCCCUUCAGGGCCAGCGGAGGCCCGGCGGCCGGCCUCGGACAUCCGCGUGUUCGCCAGCAGCUGCACACUGCACGGGCUGGGCCAUGUCUUUGGCCCUGGGGGCCUGACCCCGCGCCGGGGGCUGUGGGCUGCGGCUGUGCUCCUGUCGCUGGCUGCCUUUCUCUACCAGGUGGCUGAGAGAGUGCGCUACUACGGGGAGUUCCACCACGAGACAGCCCUGGACGAGUGCGAAAGCCACCGGCUCACCUUCCCGGCAGUCACCCUGUGCAAUAUCAACCCGCUGCGCCGCUCGCGCCUCACGCCCAACGACCUGCACUGGGCCGGGCCCACGCUGCUGGGCCUGGAGCCUGCCGAGCACGCCGCCUUCCUGCGCGCCCUGGGCCGGCCCCCCGCGCCCCACGGCUUCAUGCCCAGUCCCACCUUCAACACGGCCCGACUCUAUGCCCGGGCUGGGCAUGCCCUUGAGGACAUGCUGCUGGACUGCCGCUACCGCGGCCAACCGUGUGGGCCUGAGAACUUCACCUCGAUCUUCACCCGGAUGGGGCUGUGCUACACCUUUAACUCCGGGGCAGACGGGGCAGAGCUUCUCACUACUCCCAAGGGCGGUGCGGGCAACGGCCUGGAGGUCAUGCUAGACGUGCAGCAGGACGAGUAUCUGCCUGUAUGGAGGGACAUGGAGGAGACCCCAUUUGAGGUGGGGAUCCGAGUGCAGAUCCACAGCCAGGAGGAGCCGCCCAUCAUCGACCAGCUGGGCUUUGGAGCGGCUCCCGGCUACCAGACUUUUGUGUCCUGCCAGCAGCAGCAACUGAGCUUCCUGCCACCUCCCUGGGGCGACUGCAGCUCUGUAUCUCUGGACCCCGACUUCGAGCCGGAACCCUCUGGUCCCCUGGAUCCCCCCAGCCCCAGCCCAGGCCCCAGCCCUCCCUACAGUCUAAUGGGGUGUCGCCUGGCCUGCGAGACCCGCUACGUGGCUCGGAAGUGUGGCUGCCGAAUGAUGCAUAUGCCUGGCAGCGCGCCAGUGUGCAGCCCCCAGCAGUACAAGGACUGUGCCAACCCGGCGCUCGACGCCAUGCUGCGGAAAGACGCGUGCGCCUGCCCCAACCCGUGCGCCACCACGCGCUACGCCAAGGAGCUCUCCAUGGUGCGGAUCCCGAGCCGCGCCGCCGCCCGCUAUCUGGCCCGGAAAUACAACCGCAGCGAGGCCUACAUCGCGGAGAACGUUCUGGUGCUAGACAUCUUCUUUGAGGCCCUCAACUACGAGACAGUGGAUCAGAAGAAGGCCUAUGAAGUGUCAGAGCUGCUCGGCGACAUUGGGGGCCAGAUGGGGCUGUUCAUUGGGGCCAGCCUGCUCACCAUCCUUGAGAUCCUGGACUAUCUCUGUGAGGUGGGUCCAGGCCUCAGCUGGGCGAGGGGGAAGGAAUCAAGCCCUAGAAUCCAGGCGAAGGUGCGUGCUGGCCACCUCCCCCAUUGCUUGCCCCCAGGUGUUCCGAGACAGGGUCCUGGGAUACUUCUGGAACCGAAAGGGCUCCCAAAGGCACUCCAGCACCAAUCUGCUUCAGGAAGGGCUGGGCAGCCAUCGAACCCAAGUUCCCCACCUCAGCCUGGGCCCCAGGCCUGCCACCCGUCCCUGUGCCGUCACCAAGACUCUCUCUGCCUCCCACCGCACCUGCUACCUUGUCACACGGCUCUAGACCCAGUGACUGUGUCUCCAGGGCUGCACCCUGACACCUUGGACAUGCCCAGCCUACACGUCUUUGCCAUCUUCACCUCAAAUAAAGUUCUAGUGCAUCAGUCUCAGCUAUUGCUCUUACAGGCAGUCUAGUCAGGCCAAGGUCAGCCCUACUCAGGCACAAGAUGACCUACCAGCCAUCAUCCAGCGGACUUGGUGUCUGAAAUGUGGGCUGGGUCCCAGUUAACCUCCAGAAAUCUCUCUGGGAGAGAAGAGUAGUAAGAGGGCAUCAGUCAUUUGCACCUCAGUGUGAAUGAGUUUAUCAGACUGACGUCUCAGAGAGAAUGGAGGCCAAAGCCAGGUGCGCGGGCAGAGAGGAGUCAGCGCUAAGACAGUCCCACUCGGGGUGCUGUAAGGGAAUAGCUGGAAGAAGGCUCU